AUGACAUCCCGCAACCGCCAAUCCCGCAACCCCAACCGCAACUCGGCAUCCAGCACCCAAGGCGAAGAAGCCCAGCUCUGGACCCUCAUCAAAGACGAGAUCCGCGAGCUGGUGGAUUCCAUCAACAGCUCCAACGACCAAAUACGCGCCAUUCUCGCUCAGGACUCUCUCAUCGCCCAGUCGUGUGAAGUCUCCACCAACUCAGAAGGAGACAAACCCGACAUGGCAGCCCUGGAACAGACCUUUGACACGCUCAUCCGCGCUGCUUGUGGCGGUGCCGACCUGAGCAAACAAAAACUCUCGGACGUGAUUGAGCAUGUCACAGUCUUACGGGCACUGACCAAGGCGAGGGAGGAGAGCGAGGGUGUGGUGCAUCAUAGCGUGGGCACGCCCGGUGGUGCUCAUUCCAGUGGUGCAGCGGGACGGGAUAGAAACAGCUCCAGCCUUUUGGGGAGCGGAGGCAGGUCGAGUUCGGUCAGGGGGCACGGCGGUGGAAAGGGGGAUCGAGGUGAUCGAGGAGGAGAUCGUGAAGGGAGAGAGACUAGAGACCGUGACCGUGGUGGUGACAAGGACAAAUCCGACAAAGGGGGGGAUAAAGAUGGGAAAGAUCGGGACCGCAAUUCGGAGAGGCUGGGUGACAAGUUGGCGGCAGCAGCAGACAAGUCCGAGAGGGAUAAACACAGCGACCGCGAUCUUAGUUCCAUGUACGACUUUGACGGCGCCGGCGACUCACCCGUUCCCUCUCCCCUCUCAAGCCACACCCGCAAGCAUGGAGGAGCCAACAACAACAAUACCACGGCCGGCAGUGAUCGCGCAUCCACCGCCCGUGACAGCCUCCCUCCUCGCGACACCCCCUCCAAAGACAGCGUUCCCCCGGAACCCAACACCAGCACCAGCACCUCCAACGGCACCACAUCAGUACCAACGACAACAACAGCAGGCGCCACGCAACGAUCCAAAGUCACCUUCCACAAGGGCCAAGACGUGGUCUUCAAGCCCAAGCCCUCUCGCGACCACGAAUCGACAGAAUGGAUGUUGGGUCGCGUCCAACAAGUUCUCGGCGAAGGUAAAUCCCGUCGGUACCGAGUCCAGGACGCCGACCCGGACUUGGACCCGGCCCAGCGCGCCGAGUACCGCACCUCGGCCUCUAGCAUGAUUCCCGUGCCGGCUGCGGGAGAAGAAGAAAAGAAGCUGCCGAGGCUGGAGGAGGGCAAGGUGGUUUUGGCUUUGUAUCCGGAUAGUACGACGUUUUACAAGGCGGAGGUGAUGGGCACGGAGGCGGAGGGUGAGGGCGAGGGGAAGGAGAGGGUCAAGUUGAGGUUUGAGGGGGAGGAGACUACGGGGACGCUGCAGUUGGCUGGUGGUGGGGAUGAUGAGGAGGAUGAAGAGAGGAAUGGCAGUCUGGGGAAUGGGGGUGAAAAGGAUGGGAGUAAUGAGGAGGAGAGUGGUGAGGGCCGGAAGGAGUCCAGUGAAGGAUCUUUAACGUCAGAACUUUCAGAUCUGGGCCAUAUUGGACUCAGCAAUGAUGACGAGCACGCACCUGAUCAUAUGGAAGAGGACGACUGGGAUUCUGAUAUGCCGCUGUUUUGGAACAACAGAAACAAGAAGCGGGUUUCUGAUGUGGUACUUUCAAUGUCUGCAUCUUCUUCAUCUGAACUUUCUUCACCUAAAAGUGAUAUUGAACUUGGCGAUUAUGACGAUGAUAAUGAGGAUGGGGGUGAUGAGGACCAGAAGGAGUUCAGUGAAAAAUCUUCAACUUCUGAACUUUCUGAUUUGGCCGAUCUUGGACUCGGCGAUGAUGCCGAGCACGCACCUGAAGAGGACGACCCGGAUUCUGAUAUGCCGCUGGUUUGGAACAACAGAAACAAGAAGCGGGUUCCUCAUGUGCCAGAUGGAAAUGAGCAAGAUGGGAAUGCUGAGGAGGCAAGCGAGGACGACGAAAGUGAGGACAGUCCCAUGGAUGACGACUACAGGGAGUCCACUGAAGCACUACCUUUAUAUUCUGAAGUUUCGGACUCUGAUGGAUUGUCGCCGACUUCGAGGAGGAACAACGAUCUCAUGGAAGUACCUUCAACGUCACCCGAGUCCUCAGGUUCCUCCUCCUUGAGCGAUCGCAUCGAGCUCAAUGAUGACGGCCAGGGACAACACUUUACCUAG